AUGAAGAAGACUCUGCUUCUUUGUUUUAUUCAUGGUUUCAAGGGCGGCGAGGACACGUUCGGUGUCGAUUAUCAAUUCACCAAGGACCUACGCGAUUUGGUAGGGCAGGCUUUACCAAAGGUUGAUGUUGAAGUGGUAGUCUAUCCCAAAUAUGAGACUCGUGGGGAUUUGGGCAGUUGUGUGAGUCGCUUCCGCGACUGGCUUCAGAACAAGGUCAUCGACAUGGAGGUCGCAGCUGGCACACCGUCGCCAACGAUAGAGCCUUCGGUGCGAACCAUCCUCGUCGGCCAUUCCAUGGGUGGCAUCGUGGCGGCCGAGAUGCUCAUCGGCUUAGCUUCUGAGAAGCCUAUCUACACAGAAGACGGUAUUCAAAAGACCGAGAAACCAACUUUCAAUUCCCUCAUGUUUCCCUACAUCCAAGGUGUUCUCGCCUUUGAUACUCCUUAUCUUGGUAUAUCCCCUGGUGUGGUAGCUCACGGUGCAGAGGAUCAGUACCAAAACGCUGCACAGGCUGUAGGUGCAAUAUCGCAGCUGAGCGGCCUCGGAGCAUCACUCUGGGGCGCCAAAGCAGCAGGCUCCCCUUCAACAUCGCCCGCUCCCCCAAAGAUAGCUGGAGCACUGCCAGCUCCCUCCACAUCUGGUGGCAACUCAUGGCAAAAAUGGGGCAAAAUGGCUAUGUACGCUGGCGCCGCUGGAGCGGUAGCAGCUGGUGGUGCUGCAGCAUGGAUGAAACGCGACCAACUCGGUGAAGGUUGGUCUUGGGCGUCGUCGCAUCUCGAAUUCGUGGGAUGCCUUGCUAGAGGAGAAGAACUGCGCAAACGAGUGGCGUGUCUUCUUCAGUUGCGAGAAGAGUUAGACGUGGGCUUCGCCAACAUAUACACUCGUCUUGGUAAAGCAGCGCCGUCAAAGCAGAUCAACGUUGUUGGUACCGUAUUGGGGCAGGACAGGACAUUUUGCAAUCUUCCCAAAAAGCAGCCUGGGGGGGUGUGGAUGGAAGCCAUCAACAACAAGGCAACGGACGAGGCCGGAGCACAUAUGAAUAUGUUCACGCCGAGAGAAAAUCCCGAGUACAACAGACUGGCACAGGAUGCCACUGAAGUGAUUCGUGGCUGGUUACAGAACGGCUGGUAUGAGACGAGUGCUGAAGAAUCAUUCCUGUUGGAAGACGCACCAUCGACUGAGGACGGCCUUGCGCCCGAGACUCCACAGGUUGAAAAAGCUGUUUAA